AUGGCCGUCUUCUACCAGCAGCAGCCGUUGGUCGAAGCGCUGCUGCGUUGCAAUGCCGGGCUCGCCACCACCCGCGCCUAUGUAGAGGCCACCACCGCCGGCGACACGAUUCCGCUAAGAAUACGAAAGGAAGCGUCCGUCGAGACGACCGCGGCCGCUGUCGACGCCGCCACCGCUGUCGACGCCGCCACCGCUGUCGACCCCGUGCUGCAUAGCCAACAGGGAGACGACGGGUACUAUCCGCUUUGGUACAAUAAUGAGGCCAAAACCACCAAAAUGGCCACCACUUCCGCCGAAUCCCAGCAUGUCCAAGACGAGGACAGUCUCGUGGUCACAAAGCAGCGAAACUCGGCGUGGGAGCAGAUCCGGUCGGCGCUUAUUUACUGCACCAUGAAGCACGCCGAAAAUAUGCAGACGCUUCUCGCCGUUCUACGAGAAUCACGAGAGCCCGAAAAUGAAAUCAACUUUGACAUGUCCCGUCUUCUGAUUGAGGGCACGAGCGUGGCCGAUUUCGUCACGUCAUUGACGCAGGACGAGAAAAGCUACAACCUGAUUCGCUACGAGGAGACGAUCCGAUACGCCCAAUUUCCAGUGCUUGACCUGGGCACGCAGUCGCAGACCGUCGCAGCACAGAGACUGCGGCGUUCGUAUCUGCAGCGCGCGCACAGGGAGAUUCUGGACAUGCUUGACUGGCUCGCCAAGCACGGCGUGCGCCGCAUCAUCACGCUGCGUGUGCCAGACCGCAUGGCGCACCCGCAUGAUGAGCUCGAGAUUUCCCAGGCAGUCAGGCGCUUUCGUGUCGAAGAGCUUGACUGGCGCAUCCUCGACCUCUCGCUUAACAUCUUCCAGCCGCACGGCGAGCCUGAGAGCAUUCCGUUUGUUUGCACUAUUGAUAGCGACAAGACCAAGGAUAACAAGACCUGCAAGAACGGCGGAAAGACCGGCAAAAUGAACAAGAUUGCCAAGGCCAUGGAAGACAGGAAUGAAAUGAGGGACAAGACGUCCGGGGAAACGAGCGUGCAAAAGACGUACCUCAGGCGGUUACACCUCUACACAGGUGGGCGGCGGUCGGCGCUGGAUCACUGA